UCUCGCGGUAGCAGACGACGCAAACGGAUCGACUUGACAGCUCACUCUGUAUUUUCACGUGUCCCCUCGCGCAUCGCAUUGCGUAACUGGAAUCCGACUUCCAGGGAGGAGCUCCCUUUUUGCGACAGAAUAGUGGCAUGAGUCGAUUAAUCUAUGGCAGAUCAACAAGAUCAGUUGUCAUCAGGGGGGUCUGUAGAGAAGGCCAGUGCUUCAGCAGACACCUCUAAACUUAGGGGGAAAAGCUCUAGUAGUGGCUCCAGUGGUUAUAGAAAACGACAAAGUACUGGUGCAAUCUCAGAUACAGUAGAAGAGAAAAGACGUAGACAAGCCACUGGCGACCCGCAAGCAUCCCAAGUUGAUAAUAACACAGCGCACACACAUUUGAUUGAUUCUUCCAAAGGGAGCAGAAUUAGAGGUGAACAAAGAAAUCAUGGAAGUGGCUUAGAAUCUUAUCCAGAUACUGACUGGAGAUCGCAUCAUAAGAUUCAUCAAGCCAGUUAUAGCAGUGGUAGCAGUACAAGGGUGCGUAGCGCAGCUAGGACGAAUUUACCAGAAUUUAAUUUAACAUCUACUGAUUGUGUGGCAUCACGGACUCGUUCUCGUACUCCACAAAACCCGCAAGCAUUGACACAAGGAGCUAGCAGUUACGAUCUGUCACUGCCUAGUGGAUACGGUAGCCGAAAAACAAGUACCUACAGUAACUUGGUAGCUUCAUCAAGUGCGACGCCAAUCACUAGUCAUCCAUCCACGUCGAGAGGAAGAGGAGGCCAGAGGAUGAGCGAAUGUCUGGAAGGAUUUGUGUCUGCUGUCAAAGCACUUUUUCCAAUAUCAACACAAACCUACCAUCAAGAAGAUUCGAAAUCUCACGGCGGUGCGGCCUGUAGCGCAACGAGUAGCAGUACGAGUAGUCAAGUUCUGGGUGUCAAAUCCAGCAUCAGAGUGGGUAACGCAGCAAGUAAUUCUGCGGAGAGUGGCGGGGGGGCGUUGGCACAUGACGGGGCAGGCACGAGUGGCAUCGCGUCGACAGCCACUGCCAAUCCACCUGUGUCUGCCGCCGCUUCUGCCAACCCUGCACACCCUCAUUCUACACAUAAGCACCUGCUACGCUCCCGCGCGAAAGCUUCCGGCGAACAACCCAAGGAACUGCCAUCAAGUAACAAGACUUCAGGGAAACAUCAUAAGAAAGACUCUACAACGGGUGCCUGUUCGAGUUCUAGACAUCGCUCCUCAUCGCGCGUGAGGAAGCCGGUGGUUGAGAGUGGCUCUGGAGGAUUGGGUGGUGUAAUGUUAGGCAAUGAUUCCAUCAGCGCAACGUCAGUAUCAUCCUCGAUUCCUAGCAGUCAGUUAAUUUCAACUACAGGUGAGGAGGAGUCUGCAUCAACUGCUACAUCUGCCACAGCGAGUGGAGGACCAUCUGGAAUGUCAGGAACUACUGGUGAUAGUGAAAGUGAUGAUGGAGAAGUCGGACGAUUGCAAGCUCUGUUGGAGGCCAGAGGAUUACCUCCGCAUGUGUUUGGUGCAUUAGGACCGCGGAUGCAACACUUACUUAACAGAAGCAUGGGUGCAAGUUCUGCUGCUAAGGCUCAACAAUUGUUAGCUGGUUUACAAGCUGUCGAAGACGAAGGAGAACAAUUGCAGGCCGUCAUGAACAUGGGCGAGAUUCUUGUAAUGGGCAAUGAAGAUACUUUAACUGGUUUUCCUGUCAAGCAAGUGGUUGCAGCUUUAAUUAAUUUAUUGGGAAUUGAACAUAAUUUUGCGAUAAUGACUCACGCGUGUCGUGCCCUUACUUACAUGAUGGAAGCAUUACCGCGAUCAUCUACUGUUGUGGUGGAUGCGGUUCCGGUAUUCUUGCAAAAGCUCGAAUCGAUCGAAUGUAUGGACGUAGCUGAACAAUGCUUAACAGCUUUAGCCAUGUUGUCACGCAGGCACAGCAAAACAAUCUUACACGCGGGUGGGGUGUCAGCCUGUUUAAAAUUCGUUGAUUUCUUCAAUAUUACGGCACAACGUGCAGCAUUAACAAUUACUGCGAACUGCUGUCAGAAUCUUCAUCCUGAUGAUUUUCAUUUGGUAGUAGACAGUUUACCAUUAUUAACGAGCAGAUUGACGAAUCAAGAUAAGAAGAGCGUCGAGUGUGUGUGUCAAGCAUUCAGUCGAUUAGUUGACAGUUUCCAACAUGAUCCCAUGAUGCUGCAUAAGAUUAUCAAUGCCGAACUUUUACAAAAUCUGCAACAGCUGCUUAUGAUUACGCCUCCGGUUAACAGCACUAACAAUUUCAUAACUGUAUUACGAAUGCUCUCUGUGAUAUCGAAUCGCUGUUCCGAUUUGGCACAGCUGUUGCUGCAACAAAAUAUAGCUUUCACGUUAAGUUAUCUUCUAACUGGAUCUCUCGAUGUGAAAACGGAAGAUGUCGAAUUAGUACCGCGUACACCGCAGGAAUGGUUCGAAAUUACUUGUUUAAUCGAAGAACUUAUGCCUCCAUUGCCGACAGAUGGAAUAUUCAGUGUAAAUAGUUUACUUGAAAGGACCAGCAAUCAACAGGAGACUGUCCAGUGGGAAUGGCGCGACGAGAGACAAUGUGCUCAUCCGUUCAGUACUAUAGAUUCUAGAAUUAUUGAGAUGGCGUUUCAAAAUGGCGAAGACGAAAUAUGCCUUUCCUCUUUAGGACGAACUUACACUAUAGAUCUGACUGUGAUGAAACAAAUUAACGAGGAUAUAGGAAUGGCAAGAAGUAUAUUUCGCAGAGUAAACGCCAAUCCUACCGAGGGAAAAAGUCCUACUUGUUCAUCUAGUAUGGAUGUCGUGCCUCCGGUGAUCGAAACAAACGAAUGGCUAGUGUCUUUUAUUCGAACUUUAUUCUCUGUACUAUAUGAAGUUUAUAGUAGCUCAGCUGGACCUGCUGUAAAAUGCAAAUGUCUUAGAGCUCUUCUUCGUAUGGUGUAUUAUGCUUCAACAGAUUUGCUUAAGGAUGUUCUAAAGAAUCAAGUGGUCUCAUCUCAUAUAGCUGGUAUGUUAGCGUCGCAAGAUUUGCGUAUAGUUAUUGGGGCUCUUCAAAUGGCGAGUAUCUUGAUGAAGAGGUUGCCGCAAGUAUUUGGGGUUCAUUUUCAUCGUGAAGGCGUGCUGCAUCAAGUUCGUCAAUUAGCAGAUCCCGAAGUACCUCUUGGUGUUUCACCACCCAAGUGCCCUUCUGGUACGUCAUUACCAAGCCCACAGCCAGGUCCGUCUAAUACACCACUUUCUUCCACCGCAAUGUUGUCUUCUAAUAGUGCCACGUCUCCGGUUGUCUCUCCAUCUUCAAAUGGCAUAUUAUUCGGCACAAUUACAUCAUGCCAAUAUAAACCAAAUAUCAGUGCUUCGUUGGAACCACAUAGAACGGAGUUAAACAGUAGCGUAGAAGAAUCAAGUACACCACAAAGUGCUCACCUAAGAAUUGGUGAUGUGCUGAAGAAAAAACGGCAAAAUAAAAAAGGUCGUUUCUCGAGAUUAGCUGGAACCACGACACCGCAACAAACACAACAGCCAGAAUCUUUGUUCACCGGUUUUACUCCGAAAAACAAUCGUUUUCUAGGGAAUCUUAAUCCAGCCAAAUGGGGCCGAAAAUCAUCCUCAUCCAGUACCAGUGGCGACAAGAGAGAUUCGAGUUCGUCCACGAAUUUGUCGAAACCACCGAGUAAUCCGAGCUUAACUGGCGGAAAUCGGGACAAGGCAAAGACGUGGGUGCGCGAGCAAGCGGCCCAAUUCCUGGCAAGAUAUCAGGACGACGCGCCUUGUUCGCAUCCCGCUUUGACGGUUCUUGCUCGACUGACUGCUGCGAUACAGCGAUUGCAAUCAAACGAACUGGACGAAAUGUUGUCAGCGUUAACGGAAUUACGAGAUAUAGUCCUCGAGAGUGAUAUAUCGCCCUUCGAAAUGAAUUACAGUGGUCUUAUCAAGGCUCUGUUAAACUACCUCACUACCAUAGAUGCGCCGGGCAAUCGCUAUGACCGCCUUCGUAUGUUUUGGAAAUUGUUUGCAGAGUCCACUAUGCAACAGAACAACGAUAUCAUGGAUCUUCAUCCUGGAGCGUUUGGUGCUUUAGUAGCGAAGUUGAACAGUUGUGUUGCCCAGCUAGAACAAUUCCCGGUGAAGGUUCACGAUUUACCCGCGGGUUCUGGUGCUGGUCGCGGUGGUACCAGUGCUCUCAAAUUCUUUAAUACACACCAACUUAAGUGUAAUCUUCAACGGCAUCCAGAUUGUAACAAUUUGAAACAGUGGAAGGGUGGUACUGUAAAGAUAGAUCCGCUUGCCUUAGUACAGGCAAUUGAACGUUAUUUAAUGGUACGUGGAUAUGGUAGAAUACGCGACGCUGACUCAAUGGUCAGCGACGACGAUAACAGCGAAGAUGACAUUGACGAUACUUUGGCGGCAGUUGUGAUUAGCCAGGGACCGCCUAAACAUAAACUUCAGUUUUUAAUUGGCGACAUAGUUUUACCCUUCAAUAUGACGGUUUAUCAAGCGGUCAGGCAAUUUGGAUGUUCCGGAGUGGAUCAUUCAGAGGCAGAGGCUGAUAGUGAACCGCCGUUAGGACAUGAUGCGGUUUGGGUGCAAACCCAUACGAUAUAUUACAGACCUGUACCGGAAGAGGACGCCGCAACUUCUCCAAAAUCAGGCUCGAGUUCACAGGGUAAUAGCAGAAAGGGCAAGGGAAAAAGUACAAAGAUUAGCUCGAAAAGAAAAGAGGACAGUCUCUGGCUAGAAGGCACUGUUCCACCACAGCAUUGUCCCCUCGCGCCAUAUCUGUCUCCCACAUUACCAUCUACAGUAACUAUCACGGACGCUUCCCUCGACGGAUUGUGUCUGCUGCGACUUUUGCACGCUCUCAAUCGUCACUGGGGUAUACUAUUUCCUCAUCUGAAGAGCAUGAGCUUACUGUCGCCUCAAGAUUUCAUCAACAAUAAGAUUGCUGCAAAAGCUAGCAGACAGUUGCAAGAUCCGCUGGUGAUCAUGACUGGAAAUUUACCAUCUUGGUUACAACAGAUCGCGACUGUCUGUCCUUUCCUCUUUCCGUUCGAAACGAGGCAACUACUGCUGUACGCGACGUCAUUCGAUCGAGACAGAGCUCUCCAACGUCUCUUGGAUUCCGCGCCUGAACUCUCCGGUUCGGAUAGCCAAGAGCGUGUUACACCACGUUUAGAACGAAGAAAAAGGACAAUCUCAAGAACAGACAUUCUUAAACAAGCUGAGCAAGUGAUUCAAGACUUAGCCUCUAACAAGGCUCUACUUGAAGUGCAAUAUGUUAAUGAGGUUGGUACUGGCCUCGGUCCAACCUUGGAAUUUUACGCUCUAGUCUCAAAGGAAUUGCAACGCGCCGAUUUAGAUCUAUGGCACGGCAGUUCUAAUCCUACCGAAAAUGGAUACGUUAAUUCUAUACACGGGCUCUUUCCAGCGCCAAUUCCAUGGAAUACUAAAGUAUCUCAUCUAGCAAAAUUGAAAACCAAGUUCAAAUUUCUUGGAAAAUUUAUGGCAAAGGCAAUAUACGAUUCCAGAAUGUUGGACUUGCCAUUUAGUUUAACUUUCUAUCGCUGGUUGCUGGGAGAAGAGCAUACGCUCACAUUAGCAGACUUGGCAUACGUAUGUUCCGACGUACAUCGUACUCUCAGUAAACUUCAAGAGGUUGUGAGGAGAAAAGAGAUUAUAGAGAAGGAUCAGACAUUACGACCGCACGAAAAAGUGCAAUUAAUCGAGGCGCUCGAUUUAGAUACUUGCCCAAUUUCCGAUCUGGGCCUUGUGUUCGAAUUGCCGGGUUACGAAAACAUUGAAUUGAGAAAGGGUGGCAGUGAAAUACCCGUCACUAUUCAUAAUUUGGAUCAAUAUAUCAAGUUAGUAGUACACUGGUUCUUAUACGAAGGAGUAUUUAGACAAAUGGAAGCAUUCCGGGAAGGUUUCGAAUCGGUAUUCCCUCCGUCGCAAUUGAGAUUAUUCUUCCCGGAGGAGCUGGAAGCGGUAUUCUGUGGACACGCACAAACUGGCGGACAGUGGGACGUGAAAACUCUUGCAGAGUGUUGUAGGACCGAUCACGGCUACACACCUGACUCACGCGCCAUCCGUUUUCUGUUCGAAGUUAUGUCCAAAUACAACAGCGAGGAACAGCGACAGUUCAUUCAGUUUGUUACUGGUUCGCCGCGUUUGCCCGUUGGAGGUUUCAAGAGCUUGACACCUCCGUUAACAAUAGUGCGCAAGACUUUCGAUCCAUCUAUGAAGACCGACGAUUUUCUACCAUCAGUAAUGACUUGCGUCAACUACCUAAAACUGCCUGAUUAUACUACAUUGGAAAUAAUGCGGGAGAAGUUGCGGAUAGCUGCGCAAGAGGGUCAACACUCGUUCCAUCUCUCCUAGAAACGGAUAGGAGAUUGGCGCGUCAUUUUUUCUUCUUUAUUACAUUAUCACUUGUAUUAUUUUUAUAUUAUUCAGGCCGAGAGAAUUAUCCGAACUAUAUUCAAGGUCUUGUGAAAUUAUGCGCAUUUUAGCGAGCGAGCAAAUCCAACGACAAUGGUUUUACUCCUUAUAUGAAUUUCUCUUGUAAAGGUUCUUUUUUUUCAUUUCUCAUAAAAAUGCUAUACAUUGGAAUAAUAAUUCUUUUUUUUUGGUGAUUUAUAAAUAUUUCUUUAUCUAUCAAUAUUUGGAUUGUGAUAUACUUUGACCAGGAAGAAAGUGCAAAUCUGCAUAAUUAUUAACCAAACUGCGUGAGUUUAUUCUCUCGCGGUGCUAGGAAUCGAGUGAUUUGCGAGCAACCUCGUUUUAGGGAAAAAAAAAACUUAUCUUCAAUGUGUUACAAUAAAAAAAAGAAAAAGAUUGUAAAUAUAGUUUAAUAUACGCAAGUCGAUAUAAAUACUUUAUAUAAUAGUAACAAGAAAUGAUAUUGCUACGAAACACUAUACUAACUAAAUAUAAUAUAGUCCGACAGAGAAAAAAAGGGAAGGACGUUUACUAGACAUAAGUAAAUUUUAUAUCAGUGGUGCAUUUAAAAGCAUCGCCAUACAUCGCCAAUACCCCGCGUCCUACGAUCGCGGAAAAAUAUAAACUCACGAGCUAAAAUCAGUAAAGAAACGCGCAAAAAUCGCGUGUCUUAUGUUGAGAGCAACACUAAUAUUCCGGAUACACAUAUACAGUGACUGCUAUUCUCUAUUUUGUAAUCGAUCUCUUCGUGUUCGCCGUUUUUUUAAGUUCCAAGAACCGAAAAUGCAAUGCGCGAAUUACAUAUAUUGCGCAACACUCCUACAUUUAAGUUCAAUCGAUGUGUAACAUCUAUUAAUAUUAUUUGAUAUUUUUUUCUAGAUAUAAAUUAGUCCAAUUAUUACACUUUGUUUAGCUAUAUAAGAGAGUGCAACCAGAAUCGCCGGAAUCGCCGUCAUGACAUAAUGAAUCGAAAGGAAAUUCCGAUAUCCAUUCACUUACAGGCAAAUCGUCGUAUUUAUGAAAAAAAAAAGAAAAUGUAAGAGAACUGUAUGAUACAAAAUAGAACGGAUAUAAAGAAAGUGAAGUUGGUGUAUCAAAUGGAUAAUACAAGGUAUAUAUUACUUUUUUAUGUCGUUAUAGAAACGGGGAAUCUAUAGACUAUGAGAAAGGAACAGUGUGAAGCAAUUUGUCUAAACCGUUUGUUUCAAAUUUAUAUUGUGAAUUUUCGUAUAUAUAAUGUAUAAUACAUGAUCUCGUCCACACGCGAUAGCGGGCGUUUUCUCGAUUUUUGUUGUAUUUUCCAGAACAAUCGGCUCGUUUGAGUAUCGACGAAAAACUGAAGUUACAAUUUACUUUAUGUUAUUAAUAAACCAAAACGUAACAUCUG